UCUCUUACAGAAACAUGCACUUCCACUCACUCAUGAGUUCUUUAAUUCUCUUUGUUUUACUCCUCUGUAUCUCAGACGCUGAGAGCAUGAGGACACUAAAGAAUUUAGCUGUAAAACAUGGAGGAUCUCUCACUAUUCCAUGCUUUUAUGAAGAGCAAUACAAAUCAGACCGUAAAUACUGGUGUAAAGGGUGGGACUGGAUCAACUGUAAAACAGUAGCCUAUACAAACACAAGUGGAAGAACAUCAGUCACUGAUCAUCCAACCCUGAAUAUGUUUACUGUGGAACUGAAGAGCCUCCAAGACUCUGACUCUGGAUAUUAUUGGUGUGCUGUGGAAAUUGGUGUCAGCCCUGAUGACAAGGAUCAUUUGUACCUGACGGUCAGUGCAGAUCCUGCUGUGUCAGUGAUAAACAGCAGAGUGAGUGGUCAGGAAGGGGGCAGUGUCAGUGUCCAGUGUCUCUACAGUGCUGAAUAUCAGACAGAACAGAAGCAGUGGUGCAGAUUUAAAGACUGGGGUUGCUUCACAGUAGAGAGGACUAAUACAUCCCAGAAUUCAGCAGUGCUGGUCAGUGAUGAUGAAAAAGGAUCUGUCAGUGUGGAGAUGAGGGGUCUGCAGAAGAGUGAUGCUGGCUGGUACUGGUUCAAUGCAGGAGAUGUGGGGGUUACUGUUCACCUCACUGUCACUGAAAGACCUUCAAUUGUAAGUGUGACCACUCCAGAGGAAACUACAUGUUCUGGCACUGAUAAACACAAAGAGUCACAGCAGUUCUGUCUUACACACAACUGAAUGAUUCCACAUACGCUGAGAUCCUGGAGGUGUCGAUAAUUAAGAAAGUACAACACUACAGCUUUUGUAUCUGAGCUUCUGUUGUGCACAACAGGUUCAUCAGCAAUGUCAGUUUGAAUGUAUUUCUUCAUCUUCUUGCUUCAUGAGCUCCUGUUUUGACUGCUGUUUCUGCUUUUAUUGGUUUCUCUGAACAAAUUCCAACCCAGACUACACUUUCAAAACUCAGCUAAUAGAACUGCACCAGUACCU